GUCAACGUCAAAGUGUCAAAAACUAAAGACGGACAAUGACAUUGACUUGGUGGAUCUUCAUAUAAAAAAUAAAUUGCUUUUUCGAUAGUAAUAAGUUAAGUGAAACUUGUUUAAUUUUAACUCAUAAUAUCGUAGAGCCCCUAAGCACCGGCUAUUUAGAUCAAGGUUGUAGUGAAGACUACGCCCUUUUGUUAUACUUUGUUGUUUGUGUUGGCUGUCAACAUAGGCCUCUCAGAUACUGCCGUUAUGGACAUGAUGGUGUCAACAUUACAGCAACAGCGAGCUGUUACAGAGCAGCUGCGGCGGGAAGCUGCAAUAAAACGUAUUCCCGUGUCUGUCGCCGUAGCGGAUAUCGUCAGAUUCAUAAGCGAUCAUGAACAAGAAGAUUGCCUUCUUGUAGGCUUUACUAGUCAAAAAGUCAACCCAUUCCGUGAGAAAAGUUCUUGCACUGUUUUGUAAAAUAUCUGUGCUUGGUUAUUUAUAUGGAUGCUUGGUAUUUUUAAUCUCACUUGUAUUUGAAACAACAGGAAUUGAAGCUCUUUGUAAUAUUUCAAAAUUUUAUUUUUCUUCAUAAUGUAAACUAUUUUAAAUGUUGUGAGGACUCAAUAAACAAUUUAUCUAAAUAAACAGGUGUUUGUUUUAUAUGGCUUUUAGAGAAUUACUGAAAUUCGUAUAUAUUGUAGUUUUAUUAAAAAUAUUUAUAGACUUUAA